AGUGCCGACUUUUUUCUUUCUUUUUUUUUUUCAAUCUUCCGCCUGUUCUGAAAUAUUUACAAUUUACAUUAGAAAUGAAAUAGAAAACAAAACCUACCAACUGCACCUCACACACCAUCGCACCUUUCACGAUCUGUAUCUUUUACUUGAUUUAGUCAUUAGACUGCGGCCAGGCUGGGGCAUAGACUUCAAAGGUUUAAUCGAACAAUUCGAUCCCAGUACGUAUUUUUUGAAGUCUGGUACUUAUUAUGUCGGUUACUUUUUGCCCAACCGUUAAGUCACGGUAACGUAAACAAACCCAUUAAGUUUCCAUUUAAGUAAUACAUCAUUUAUGCUGUUUAUGCAUUCUUGAAAUCUUAUUCUGUUUUCCUUAUUAUUUCAGAAUCAGAGCUGAAACUGGCAGAAACAUUUUCUUUUUUUAUACAACAGAAGCAUCAUCAAUAUUUAUCAUCUUUUAAGACAAAAGAUGUUAUACUGAACAAAUAUAACCAUUUUCAUAUAAAUUUAAUGAAUUACGUUGAAAGAUUUCCUCUGGGUAAGAUUAUUAAGCAACAUUUGUGUGUGUCAUUCUCUGGAAUGAGUCCAAUACAAUUCUGCAUUUUAAAUAUAUUCAGGUAGAUUUAUGAAGCACUUUGCAUCCAGAUGAUGGACAUAUAGCAGAAGGAAUAUUUGUUAGAAAUAAAUUAUAGAAAGAAAAGCAGGAAACAUAUAUUUUGGUGAAAGAAGAAAAAUUAUUAUUCAAUGAGUUAACUGUUAUUUCUUGUUCUAAAAAGAUGGCAAAAAGCUUAGCAAAAUCUUCAUAUGAAUGUGAUAUCUGUAACAAAUCAUUAAGUUCAAAAGGUAAUCUAACUACACAUAUACGUAUUCAUACAGGAGAGAAACCAUAUCACUGUGAUAUCUGUGGUAAAACGUUCUCUAGAUCUGAUGAAUUAACUAUUCACGUACGUGUUCAUACAGGAGAGAAACCAUAUCAGUGUGAUAUUUGUGGUCAAUGUUUCAUUCGUAAAGAUAUUUUAACUACACACAAACAUGCUGUAGCAAUUCAUUUCUGUAUUCUAUGAGAGAAAGAAUCUCCUUGUGGUAGGGAAGAGACUAAAACAUCUCUUAACUGUAAGCAUUCAUACCCAUGUAUGAUGCUAAAUAAUAAGAAAUAAACAAAUCAGAACAUAUAGUCUUUCAUCAUGUUAUAAUAGGAUAGAAGUAGGCCCUGGAUUGUGGGUAUAAAAACAAAACUGGUGGAGCAAUUUUCUGAAUUAUCAUCAUCAAUAUUUUUCUAUGUCCAUUUUCAAUGCUGGAAUGUGUUGGACCACAUCAUCAUCAUCAUCAUCAUCAUCACAUGAUGACGAUAAUGAUUGUCAUCUCUAGCAUUUUGUCAUUUCAAGUGUAAAUUCCAGAAUUCUGACUGCAAUAGUCUCUUUGUAUUUUUAUAAUAAGUUAAACUCUAAAUAAAACUGGUUUACU